GUCAGUGACUCACUUCACUCAAUUAACUCUUCCGUUCCUUCUUUCUUUAUCAUCACCAGUGUUCCAUAUUUCAGAGAAAAUGGCUUUAUCAUCUCCCUCUCUAGUGUUCACCGUACAGAGGUGUCAACCGGAGCUGGUGGCUCCUGCUAAACCCACUCCUCGCGAAGUUAAACCCCUCUCCGACAUAGAUGACCAACAGGGCUUGCGUUUCCAAAUUCCAUUCAUACUAUUCUAUGGUAAUGAACCAUCAAUGGCAGGGAAAGACCCUGCUAAGGUCAUUAGAGAGGCACUUGCGCAAACUCUUGUUUUUUACUACCCUUUUGCGGGUAGGAUUAGGGAGGGACCUGGUAGAAAAUUGGUGGUGGAUUGUACUGGAGAGGGUGUCAUGUUCAUUGAGGCUGAUGCAGAUGCAACACUUGAUCAAUUGGGUGACACACUUCAACCUCCAUUCCCAUGCUUCGAACAACUCCUUUAUGAUGUUCCAGGCUCGGAGGGAGUUAUUGACUGUCCCCUAAUGCUCUUUCAGGUGACACGUUUCAAGUGUGGUGGUUUUGCCCUAGCCGUUCGCUUGAACCACACUAUGAGCGACGGAGCCGGCAUAGCACUAUUCAUGAACACAUUAGCUGAAAUGGCUCAGGGAGCAACUGAACCUUCCGUUCCACCUGUGUGGCGCCGGGAGCUUCUACAGGCAAGAGAUCCACCUCACAUCACAUGCAACCAUCGUGAAUACGAGCAAAUCCCAAACAACAUGGAAGGGAUCAUCCCUUCAUACGAGAACAAGAUGGUUCUUCGAUCUUUCUUCUUUGGAGCCUCCGACAUAGCUGCCCUACGUCGCUUGGUUCCCCACUACCAUAGAAAAUGCACCAGUUUCGAUCUCAUCACGGCAUGCUUCUGGCGCUGUCGCACAAAAGCAUUGGAGAUAGAUGCAGACGAGGAUGUUCGCAUGAUGGUCAUAGUCAACGCACGUGCUAGGUUUAAUCCUCCAUUACCUGCUGGUUACUACGGCAAUGCCUUUGCAUACCCCGCGGCAGUUACCACCGCAGGGAAGCUUUGUGAAAAUCCAUUUGGGUAUGCAGUGGAGUUAAUAAAUAAACUGAAAGGUGAGGUGACAGAAGAAUACAUGCAUUCUGUGGCAGAUCUAAUGGUGACUAAUGGAAGAUGCUUGUUUACCACCGUGAGAUCUUUUAUUGUGUCAGAUUUGAGACAUUUUGGUUUCAAACAAAUUGAUUUUGGGUGGGGUAGGGCAUUAUAUGGUGGAGUGGCCAAAGGUGGGGCUGGACCCUUUCCUGCAGUAUUCUAUCUGAUGGCACAUAAGAAUGCAAAAGGAGAAGAAGGCAUAUUAUUACCAAUUUGGUUGCCCGCCAAAGCUAUGGACAAGUUUGCAAACGAGUUAGAUCACAUGCUAAUUGGGAACCAAAACCAACCUACGGAUCCACAUCCAAUUUUUUACGCGUCUACCUUGGAAAAUAUUAAGUGGACACCCAAAAAGUUGAUUGGCACCCAGUGAGAGAGAUACAAGAGAGAAAAAAAAAAAUAUAAGUAUUAUAAAUAAUAUAAUAUAAUUAAUAAGAAGGAGAGAAAUGGUGAGUGUUUGAAAAAAUUGAGAUUCAAUAUCAUAACUUGUCUACCUUUGUAGUUUGUAGAAUGUCUGUGUUUUCUAAGUAUUUGAAGGACUUUAAGUUUUCUUACGUGUAUCUUCUGUUUAUAUAAUAAUUAUUGAUAUUCAAAUAGUUGGGGUGA